CACAUCUCAACACAGACCCAAUUGGAGCUGCCGAUAGGAUUUUGAUUUGGGGCCCCUAGGAAUGAAGGAUUGGUGCGUGUAAGGCACUGAUUGAAGAUGCAUGUGGACAGAGAGAAAUUGCAUUUGCAUUUAAGCUUACUGCUGUUGUAAUAAACAGAAAGAGUAAUUGUGUGUCAGGGGUUUGGAGGAGCAAGAGAACGUGCAGUAUUUCAAGGGCACAUAGAUCUGGAUCCACUCAAGCCUCCCAACUCCCCACACGCUCCUCUCACUGCCACUCAGACCAUUCUUUUAUUUUUCUUUUUUUAUAAACUCAAGAAGAGAGAGAGAGAGAGGGCUGUGAGUGUUGAAAGAGCCUAGGGAAGGAGAGAGAUUUUAGCUUUGACUGCCCACUGAUUGCUCAGAGCCCAAUAUACACAGCAGCUUCAGCUCUAGUUCUGCCACCAUAUAGCAAAAAGAAACGGAAAAAAAUUCAAAGACUGAAGAAAGGAACAGCUGAAGCCAAAGCGGUGUUUUCUUAUACCUCUCAUUUUGGAUUAGAAAAGAAAAAGGAGAGGCACUGCGCUUGUUCUACUCACUUUUGGUAGGUAGGGUUUGUUUGUUGAGAAAGAAGUUUUGCUUGUAACGAGAGGCCUUGCUUACAUACCAUAACCCUUAGCUCCCCACUCACUCACCCUCAUAAAGCCAGAAACUUGUACUUAACCACAUAGCAUUUGAAGAGUGGGGUAGUUGGUGUGGAAAUCUACUGUGAAUCCAUCAUCCAACCAUGGACGGUUAUGAAGCAACAAGAAUUGUUUUCUCAAGAAUCCAAAACUUAGAUCCUGAAAAUGCCUCUAAAAUCAUGGGUCUACUUCUCAUUCAAGAUCAUGGUGAGAAAGAAAUGAUUAGAUUGGCUUUUGGUCCUGAAGCUCUUGUCCAUUCACUCAUACUUAAAGCCAGGAAAGAACUCGGUCUUCCUUCCAACUCUCCAAACUCACCUUCAACUCCACCUUCUCCAUCUCCUUUCAUGCCCAACAACCCAGUUAAUAUUUCUAGACAGAACUCUUCUUCUUCUUCUCGUCUUCUAGCAAACACUCUCACACCUCUCACCAUACCAAAUCCUUCUUCUUCUUCAGGUGGAACCUCUCCUUGGGGUGCUUUAUCUCAUGAUCUUCCCAACCCUGAUGACUUAAUUACACCAAACACUAGUAGUAAAAUGAAUUCCUCAGCUUUACCUUUCUAUGCUAAUGGAGGGGGAGGCUCCAAUGAUAUCAUCGAUGAUAUUAAACUCCAAGACCACCUUUCCUUUCUCAAUGAUAACUCACCAAGUCUUGUUAACAAAAACCAAGACUUGUUCUACCCACAACUUGACUUGUCAUCUAGCCCACCAAACGGUGACUCAGUGCUCUUCUCUUCUUACUGGGGAGGCAGCUUAGUUCAUAGACGGAGCUGUUCAGUGAGUGAUGUGUUGGGGUCAGCUGAGGAUUUGAACUCAGGAUUUGGAUGGAGACCAUGUUUGUAUUAUGCUAGAGGGUAUUGCAAGAAUGGAAGCAAUUGCAGAUUUAUUCACGGUGAUUCAAGUGGUGCUGCUAUGAUGAGUUCAGAUGGCGCACCGCUGGUGGGUUCACUGAGCAAGAUUGAGACCAUGGACCAGUGCCAUGAGAUUCUUAGAUCUAAGUCUGCAGCUCAAGUUCAGCAACAAAGACUAGCUGCUGCUGCUUCACAUCUUAUGGGUGGUUCUUCUUUUCCUUACUCUCCAAAAAGCAUGAACCUGUUUCUUCAACAGCAACAAAAUGAUACCCAGAGGGCCGCGGCUGCUUUGAUGAUGAAUGAAGAUAUGCACAAAUUUGCCCGAACUCGGCUCGAAAGAAAUGAUUUUUCGAGCCUGGUGAACCCAGCUUCAAGACAGAUCUAUUUGACUUUUCCAGCUGAUAGCACAUUCAGAGAGGAAGAUGUUUCAAGUUACUUCAGAAUGUAUGGGCCUGUGCAAGAUGUGAGGAUUCCAUACCAGCAGAAGAGGAUGUUUGGAUUUGUUACUUUUGUUUUUCCAGAGACGGUGAAGAUUAUUCUAGCCAAAGGUAACCCUCAUUUUGUCUGUGAUGCACGAGUGCUUGUUAAGCCAUACAAGGAGAAAGGCAAAGUUCCAGACAAGUACAGGAAGCAACAACAGCAACAACAAGUUGAUAGAGGAGAGUUCUCUCCAUGUGCAACUCCAACUGGCCUUGAUUCAAGGGACCCUUUUGAUCUUCAGGGGGCAAGCAUCUUCUACAAUAACACCCAGGACACGCUAUGGAGGAGGAAAAUGGAAGAGCAAGCUGAUUUGCAGCAAGCCCUCGAGCUUCAAAGCAGAAGAUUGAUGGGCCUGCAACUUCUUGAUGUUAAGAAUAAGCAUCACCAUCACAGGGCUCUUUCCACAGGCAGUCCUAUUCCAUCCCCAACCCACUCUCCAAGUCUUUUCCAUCAAAAUCUAGUUUUUCCUCCAUUCCAGAGCAGCGGCUCAGAACUUCACCAAGAAAAUGGUUCAAGCCCUUUGCCAUCUUUUUCUGUGAGCCCUUUCUCGGAGAAGCAAACAACAAAUGCUUCCAUUGGCAAAGAAACAGCCAGCAGUGAAGAGAAUGGCAGUGGAAAGGAGAGCUCCAACGGUGAAGAUGGUGAUUUGCCAGAAAUUUUGGAGCACAAUCUCCCUGAUAGUCCCUUUGCAUCUCCAACCAAAGGGUGUUCAGAGUACUUGUCAGCUUUCUCCAGUAUUGCCAAUGGAGCUGAAAAAGAUGAAUCAUCUUCUGCUAACAAUAAUUUGGUCACUUCAAACUUACUUCCUGCUAAUGAUUCACUAGACAGGGCAUCUUUCAAAUCCUUUAACUGUCAAAUGCCAAGGUUUUCAUCAGGCCACGGAGCUAUAGGCCUGUAUACUGGCACAGGCGGGCCCACAUGCCCAGUUGGAAUUUAGCUUCCUUUGCUUAGGAAGACCGAGGAGUGGAACCAAACGAACUACUUUCAUCAGAGAUCAGUACUGUAGAGAACCACCAUUGCCUCUAUAAUCACACAUCUUUAUCAUCACCACCAUUAUCAUGAUCAUCCUCACGUCAUCACCAUCCCUUGAUACAAUACUAUUUGCUACCAUACAAAAUGCAUACAUAAAAAGACUGAAGGAAGUGGGUCAGCCAUUCCUUUCUUUGUUGUAUUAUUUGUCUUUCAAUUCAGUAGUUGAAAAGUUGGACCACAGAUUAAAGAAAGAAACAAAGAAAAGCAUAGAGAAGAAGAUCCCAUCACCGUUAAUGUGUAGUUGUAACUUCUUUGAACAGUAAUUUUCUAUUUUUACCACUCCUGGUUUCCCCUGAAGGAGCAAAGAAAAGAAAAGAACCCCUUAUAUAUAGCAGAAGCAGAAGCCAGAGUCCAAAGGUGAAAGCACAGUGUAACUGGAAAGCCUAUUUUUAACCCACCAAAGGAUAAUAUUUUCUUUGUUGACUUUGAUGUGAAAAAAUGGAUAGGGAUGGUAAUUGUCCGUUUCAGAUUAUAAAUAAAAAGAAGUAGAUCCACUAUUAUUGA